GCCUCUUUUUCACUUUCGAGUUUAUCAAUCUCCUUCCUCAUCACAAAACAGUGACACUUUGCAGAAGCACCUUGAGACCACGACUAGACACCUUCAACUUCAGUUAUCAAUGAUCCAUGCGCUUCUUCUGGCCGUACCAUUCACCUGUCCAAUUGUAUGCUGUAACUCUUUCAAACGCUGACCUCCUUCUCUGCUGCCCGCGCUGUCCACCUUGAACAAGGAGCCGCCUCUAUUGCCAAAAAUGGCUUUCUGCUGCUCUCCAACUUCCUGUCUCCCCGUCCUGUCGGCGUCGUCUAUCAUCCGGUAUCCGAGACACGACCCAGACGGCGGGAUGCCACUCCAAGAGAUUGAUAAGCUGGACUAAAACUCGCCCAAAGACCAAGACAAAAGAGGCACCGGUGGCAGGAUCCACGACAUCCCAUCAUCUGCAUCAUGGCUUGUGGCGUCUAUAGUGACUGGCGUGAUACGGCACCAAAAGAAGGCGAUCAGCUUUGCAAUAGCCAAUACUCCUCCGUCAUCCAACUCGACCAUUCCGUGGACCUCCCCACGCCGACUCCCGACCUGGUCUUGAUUGGCACCACAUUGCUUUCAUUGACGCAGCCCUGUCAUCUUCCUCACUACUGUGUACAUGCCACUAUCAGCCCCUCCCUAUCACCCAAUCCUCAGCUCUGGGUCCUGAGUCUGGAUGCGGCUCCAGAAAGGCCGAGUGGCCAUGGCACGGGCCAGAGACAGGUAGUUCUGGGUGUUGGCCAGCCGCAUGCGCACCCAAGAGGAGAGCUGAAUAUGCAAAGGGCAGGGUAUCUGGUUCGUCUGGACGGGGAAGAGUGCAUACGUCGACUGCCUCUUCGAGCCGUUGCACAACCGGGAGACGCUUCAUCUCUUUCCUCCUUUGCCAGCAGUCCGUCAUGCUAAUCACAAAGGUGAUCGGCCAUUGAGCCCAAGUUCGCCACACAAGCCGUACGUAAAGCCUAUUGACGUCGAGCCAAGGCCUCGGGUUAGGCUGUUGUGCAUCCCGUCUGAGUCCAUCAACCAAGGUCGAGGCUGUGGAACACAACAUGCACUUUGUAUUUCGGCAGACGUGCAUUGUCUCUAGUCUUGACGGCUGGGGUUACCUGGGUCUCCCCGCGAUGACUUAAGCAGGCGGACUCCCUGGCCUCCCGCGACAACUCUUCACCAGUGUAAGAGGGAAAAGGCAAACGUGCAUGUCAGCCAGAUCUUCGACUCCGGUCUUCACACCAGCUCGAAACGAUACGCGCGGGUCUACCAUGGCACAAUGCGGCAUACCAAGAUCCUGGUCGGACGGAGGACGAUUUCACCAGGCUCGCUCCCAGCCGCAAAAUGGGAAGAGCAUUAGGUUUGGCAGUCUCAACGACAGACGACGAGCAAGAGCUCCGGAUCUUAAGCGGUGGGACGGUGCCUCUAGGACUUCCCAACCGUGGGACUGCUUAUGGAAAAGAGACCCGGAGCUAUGGCAUCGCAAGGGCAAUUGCUUAGUAUAUCUAUAUGGCCGUGGCCAGUCGAGUAGGAGCCCUUCGUUCAAAGUGCCCUUCAACACCUUGCUUGCAACUCAAUGUCAACCCCUGAUCGCAAGAUGUAUCAGACGAGAUAUCCCAGAAUCAGUAGACAUCAAAGCCAGCCAAAUCGAGCUCUACAUUCCUGCUCCACCUACGGCAACCGAAGCAGAGGUCAUUCGUCAUUACCUGGAUAUUCGCAAUUUCUUCGCCUGGAUUCUUCGGAGAUCGAUGGUGGGGGAACAUCUUGGAGCAACCCUCAUUCGUCUUUUACACACAAUGACUGAGCUCCGAUGUCUCGGGGUCAACAAUGCGGACGACCUGUUGAGCUACGCCGACGAAGAAGGUUAUCUGGAAAUGUGUAAUCAACCAGCACAUGCCUUAGGCAUGCUUCAAUUUGCGGAGUACUGUCAAGAUCGCAGGCUCUACAUUGAGGCAUUCGCCCACUGUACCGGAAUGUUUGAAGAGCUAUACGUUGUCCCCGAAUAUCAGGUUAUCACUUCUGCAACUCGAAGGCUUCUUCGUCAGGCAAAAGUCGAAAUGGAUGAGAAACUUGGACAGGCCACGUUGAUGUUGCAAAACUUUCUGGAUGAGGAUUUAUCCCAGGCUCAUCUAGGUCUGACGGUCGGCGGACGGUCUCAUCUUGAGCGUUUCCGAACCUUCCUCCACGCUUUCUUCGCUACCAAGAUCGGAUACUACCCGCCAACAUCAAUUGACCAGCGGUACUUGAUAUUCCCUCCCGCAAUAUAUCGAACGAUGCGAGAUGACAUCGAAGCUUUGUACGAACUCUUGGUAGACAACACAUAUACCCCGUCAGAAAGCAUACCGGCCUCUGCUCAAGGGGGACUGUGUACGCUCCAGUGUGUCCAUGGCUUUGACGUACGGAAUAGGUACUCUCCGCUUCCUCACCCCCUGCCUUUACUGCCGGAAUUACCUACCACCAGCGCGUCUCGAAGAACCUCCUGGCUGCAUAAAUCCGACAAAUUGAAGCCAGACCAACGGGUAGUUGCACAUGCAGCACUGGCGAAAGCAUCCAACAGAAGCAAAGCCACCGUCUGCAGGAAUCCACUUGUCAUUGCUUACCAAAGAUACGAAGAAGACUGCGUGUUCUCGCCUCUUAAGAUCGAUAGACAAGAGAAGAUCUCGCAAGUUGACGCGCGGAAGGUUCGAUGGAUUCUCGUUUAUGCAAUCUAUCAAGUACUACGAGCCUGCACGCAGGCCCCUUUGGAAUGCCAGAACGUCGGAAAUACAUACUACAACAUGGCCGUCAGUACCGAAAAUUUACCGCCUUGGGAUGCGGACGACUACGAGUCAAGCUUCAGCAUUCGAAUCUCAAAGGGAACAAGACAAAAUGGCCAUGCAUCUUUCAAGUCGCUGCCAAACUUCUCACUUCCCACACCACUCAUUCUGUCAUCAUUUCCGGCGGUGUUUACCUACGGCGAAGACAGGAAGAUCAGACCGGAUAUUGACCACGUCGCAUUGAUACAUGCUAGGACGUCUAGUAGGAUCGCAACCGACCCCAGGUCGACGUCCCCGCCCGUUGUUCCAACCCGAGUUCACAGUCUCACCAAAAGUAUCAGUCAUUCUCUCAACGCGAUCACUGGGAACCGACCAGCAGAGAAAGAGUCCACUUCACCCAGCCGCAGCAGGCGUGCUUCAUACCACGAGAUCGUAAUCCAAGGAUAUGGGAAUGGUACCAACGAUGUCCACCCUGGCCAUAGCGAGCCAACAACAGACAACCAACCGCCUCAAUCCUUUGCCGACGUCACGAAGGCAUCCGAUACCCAAAUCCCAGAACAGGGUAUUAGGACGCAAGGUAUUACGCUCCGCUCACCAUCGACCGCAUCUACGUCAUCCAAUAACACCACCGGAUCUAGUACGACAAGCAGGGAGACGGCUGUUUCUGCGUCUUCGACAACGCCGAGCUUCUGCAGCCCACCAACAUCACCAAAAGCCCUGGUAACCGGAGAAGAACUGAUGCGCGGUGUGACACUAGGAAGCAACGAUUUGGCACCUCCGCUCCCUCGCAGAAGCAGUCGACGGAGACCGAGUGAGUGCCAACCCGAUCCUCUGAGAAUCCGGAAAACUCAGUCAGCAACCUCUCUCGACAUUGCUGGAAGGGAUGACAAUAAGGCCAAUUGCACCAUGUCUAUGCAGGAGACGAGCAACGAUCCCUGGGCACAGUAUGCGGAUGUGGGCGGGCUGAGGGACUUGGAGGUGAAAGUUCCAGUGUGAUCCCUCACGGGUAAGGCUCGUUUCACCGCCUGUGGUCAAAGUUUCCUCUGCACACUGUGGCAACUCAUCUGCUUUGUGUUUAUUGCGGAAUUUUCAUUUCAAGCCCUAUCCUAUCUUGUCAUGCUCUGUUCACAUUCUACCGGAUUUACGGAGUUCAUCUUGAUACCCAGCAUUUGAUUUUGGUUUCGUUUGUUGUAGGGUUCUUAUUCUAGCAAUCAAUGUCGAAUAUUACACGUGCGAAAAUAAAAGUUUCCCUUUU